CAUCGUAUCGCUCCUUAAACAGUGGAGAGCCUAUGGGCUGCCUUCCAAUCGCCUAUUUCUAGACUUGAGAUCUGAAUCUGCCUACCAUGCUCACCGCAUCUUACCGUCAACCAAUAUCCCUAUGCCUGGUCUGGAGUACCGAUGCUCUGAACUUCCUGCAAAGCAAUGGCCAUUUGCCAUCAUGGAACCGCUAGAUCACCGUGGAACCGCAAGUCAGUGGCUGACCGACCGAGGUUGGAACUGCCGCUGGAUAUUUUGGGAAGGAGAUUUUAUACACAAUGCCGAAUUAUGGAAUGACCUCCAGACUCUCGGUCUAGCAGAACACAAUGCUUCCAAUCAAUCGUGGCUGUUAUUCACUCCUUGUCCUAUUCUGGAGACGAGUAUCGACCUUGUUGAAACCGAGCUGCGCAAAUUGUAUCGCGAACCUCUUUCAUGUUUGGAUAUUGGUUGUGGUAGCGGUAGGGAUUUGGCUUGGCUGUUGGCUCGCAAGACAGACGCCAACGUUCCGAUGUGGCAAGCAGUGGCCAUUGAUUCGAGUGAGGGAGCAGUUCAACGGACCAGAAUCAUUUGCAAAAACAUGGCUAUGGCGAAUCAACUCAUCAGUGGUAUCAACGCUAAGGUCUUAGUAAAUGGUGAUUGGAGGUUGGUGGAGAAAGGGAACCCCGGCUUGGCCGUCAAGGAUGGGCAAAUGGAAAGACUAAUGCCUGGCUAUCCUACAUUACAAUUCUUCACCCAAGAAAUUCAGCGAUUGCUCAACCAUAAUAUUCCUCCUCAGUAUGAUAUGAUCAUCACCAUUCGAUUCUUGGUGCGUUCCAUCUUACCCCAAUUACCACAGCUAUUAAAACCCGGUGGGUUCUUGAUCAUUUCGCACUUUGUCGACCAUGAAGACUAUACGUACGAUCAGCCUAGACCGGAACAUCGGCUUCAGGUUAACGAACUGGCGAAUUUAUAUGGGUCGAUGCCAGGUAUUAGCAUCAUUGUAGAUAAAUUAGAACACGUAGAGGACGGUCGACCUGUCAAUUCCUUUAUCAUCCGAAAAGACAGGGGGGUUUGACAAGCUGUGAAUAAAAAAAAAGAGACUUUUUUAAUUUGCCGAGUCCGGAAAUUUGGAUUUCAAGGAACCAACUUCCCCACAUGUGGCUCAAAACAAUGCAUGCCAGCCGACCCAAUUGCUUUCUAUCAUUGACUGUCUCGUUAUCCUCACU